CUGUAUUCUUUCUUAUAUUUCUUGCGCGUAUCGCGACCAUCGUGAUCGUGCGUGACGGCAGAGUUAUUGUUUGUUAUGUCGUUUAGUAAUUGUCUUUCUAGCAAUUCAUUCUGAUCGUGUAAAUUUUCAGUUAUUAACAGCUAGUGAUGUGUAAUAAAUAAGAUACGAAGUGAAAGUUUAUUGUGAUAGUGAACUGCUCCCGUGACAGCUUUGUUACGUCAACAGUAAACACGCAAACGGAAGCCAAUCAACGGCGGGGGCGUAGUCUCCUCUAGACGCGAAACCGAAACAAACAUGGACCAUCAUAAUUCCGACUUCCAUCGUAGUUCAAACUCGCUAGAUUCAGACUCUAAAUCCAGUUCCCUUAAUUCGAAGCACGGCAUGGACACGAUUGUGGCUAAUGAAUCGCCGUUCUCUUACUUGUCGGGAGAGAACAUGCAAGACAUUAAAAAUGACGUAUCCUACAUUUGUCCAUACAGUGGACCCGUUGUUGGAACCCUGACAAUUACAAACUAUAGAUUACACUUUCGGUCGCAGCCUGCAAGCGACAAGGAUCCCGUUGUAAUUGUAGAUUGCUCCUUGGGAGCGGUAAGCCGAAUAGAAAAGGUCGGCGGAGCUAGCUCAAGGGGCGAAAACUCUUAUGGAAUCGACAUUUUCUGCAAAGAUAUGCGUAACCUACGAUUUGCCCAUAAACAGGAAAACCAUUCCAGGCGGACAGUAUUUGAAAAAUUACAAUUGUACGCAUUUCCGCUGGCUAAUAACGGGCAAUUGUUUGCCUUUAACUACAAGGAAAAGUUUCCUGAGGAUGGUUGGAGUGUGUACGAACCUGUAGCGGAACUUCGUCGAAUGGGCGUUAAUAGUGCAAACAACGAUACUUGGCGAAUCACAAGAAUCAACGAAAAGUACGAAAUAUGCGACAGCUAUCCUUCUGUUUGGGCUGUCCCUAAAUCGGCUAAAGAUGACCUGCUGAAGCAGGUUGCUAAUUUUCGAUCGCGAAAUCGUCUUCCGGUUCUGUGCUGGAUUCAUCCAAAGUCGUUGGCAACGAUUACUCGUUGCUCACAGCCGCUGGUCGGAGUCAGUGGCAAGCGGAACGAUGCCGAUGAAACUUAUAUCAACUACAUAAUGGAAGCGAAUGCGCAAUCGGAUAAGCUGUCUAUUUUCGAUGCUAGACCAAAUGCCAACGCAAUCGCAAAUAAAGCUAAAGGCGGUGGCUACGAAUCGGAGGACGCCUACAAAAAUGUCGAGCUGACUUUUCUCGACAUCCACAACAUUCAUGUAAUGCGUGAAAGUUUGCGUAAAUUGAAGGAAAUCUGUUUCCCGGCUAGUGAUGACCAGAAGUGGCUUUCGGCGGUGGACAGCACCUUGUGGUUGAAACAUAUAAAAUGCAUUUUGGCUGGGGCGGUUCGAAUUGUUGAUAGAAUAGAAAAUAUGCGCAUGUCGGUUGUUGUACACUGCUCGGAUGGAUGGGAUCGCACCUCGCAGUUGACUGCCUUAGCCAUGCUCCUGCUGGAUCCAUAUUACCGAACAUUGAAGGGCUUUGAGGUGUUGAUUGAGAAAGAAUGGCUUAGUUUUGGUCAUAAAUUUGAACAGAGAAUUGGCCAUGGCGAUAAUCACCAUUCGGAUGCCGAUCGGUCACCAGUGUUCCUGCAGUUUAUCGACUGUGUCUGGCAAAUAACAAAACAAUUUCCACAUGCGUUGGAAUUCAACGAAUACUUUCUUAUUACUGUUCUGGAUCAUCUGUACUCGUGCCGGUUUGGAACUUUUCUGUACAACACGGAACGGGAACGGGUUCAAAAUGAUCUAAAGAAUCGCACCGUGUCGCUAUGGUCUUUUAUGAAUUCCUCGCAUGAACAAUAUCGUAAUCCGCUGUACGGGGGCCGCAAUAUGGCCAUCCAGCCGGUGCUGAAACCAGUGGUCAGUAUGCGGCAUAUUCGCCUCUGGAAGGGACUGUACUGUCGGUGGAAUCCGAGCAUGCGACAACAGGAUCCUAUCUAUCAGCGAACACGGGAACUGUUAGCCUUGCAGGAUCAGCUGCUCAAGCAGGUCGAAGAUUGUCGGCAGGAGAAAAACCAAAGGACACAUACACAAAACAGGUUAACUUCACCACUGCAUUAAGCCCGCAAUAUAGUGGCUUGGGAUGUGCAUUUCGAAUACCAUUAUAUAGAGUUUGGGAUGCACAGCUACUGGUACCGAAAACGAAUGGGUGUGAUCGAUUGAGAAUUAUCCGUUUGUGACACAAAAGUUCGUUUGUAAUCUGCUUUGUGCCCAUUAGCUAACUAACGCGUCGCUUCAUUAAGAUACAUUAUUAAAUGACGAAUGCACAUGCGGUUUAAUUUAAGCCUACCAUGUUUAAGUGCACAUUUUUUCCAAAAAGCAUACAUAUUUAUAUUUUUUUUGAACUUAUAAUGAACUAUGUUGGGAGCCGUUUAUGAACCGGUUGAAAAUAUCACCUCUGAAUCUGAUGACGCAUGAAACGCCCGAUUUGUUUGUUAUACCGAUCUAAAACACUGAUAGAUAUAAGCCCAUAUCCGUAUUAUGUCACCCUAUCGAUAAUAAUUCUUUACUAUAUUUAUCUCUAAACGAAAAAAUA